UGAUUGAUUGCAGGAGUGACUGCCGGAUUACCGUUGAAAGUACUCCGUAGACAGGUAUCAAGCGAUCCGCCGCUAAAGAUCCAAAGAACUCAAUUCCAAAGUGUCUUGGUGUGAUUUUUUUUCGUCCGUUCAGAAGAAAACACUUCGGUCAAAUAUCGAAAUUACCCAAUUGUUUAGGAUCCAAUGCCCCAGAGUUUGAGAACUAAUGCUCGAUGUUGCUUGUUGUAAAUAUCGGUCUCAUUCGUCGCUGAUUCUCCGUUCGGUCGUUGUGUUUCGCAUUUAUUCUCUCUUGGAUCGAGUAGCUCGCUUUGUCGUCGCGUGUCGUCUCCGCUCUCGCUUUCUUUUCAGCUUGGGUGUUCAAAUGUUCCCCAGACGCCACACAACCCGAAAGAUUAAAAAGGAAAAAGACCGAAUCUCACGUCGGCUGCGGUUAGUCGUUGAUGCAGCAAACCAGAAUCUACAAUGUUCAAAAAGAGAGAGGGUGAAGAGGAGAAAUUUCUGUUCAGUCAAGGGAGAAGUAAACGAGGGGAAUCAAUCACGCACAGUCAAAUGAAUACGAAGCAAACCCCAGAAGCGAGAAGUCAGUCACCAGCAAUUGCUUGACCAUCUGACGCCGCUACGACGGGUAAAUUGAUGUUGGUGACCGGUAAUUAUGUUUGAUGAUGAACCGAAUAUCCAGAUACCCAGGCCUGGGGCCUCAAUAGAUCUCCUGACUCCAAUCUCGUGCAAGCUUUCUAUGAGAGUUGGCUGUAUUUUACGCAGACCACACAUGGCAUGAUCCAUAAUGCCAGUCUACUAUAUAGUCGGACAGCCAACACCGGCUGCAGUACGACACAAGGCUCACAUCAAAACUCCUUGAGUUGGAUGGUAAUCAAACAAUUGCUUGACAUGGGUGGCUGCAUCAAGAACCCAUCAUGCCUAGCAAACCCUAGUGUAUCUGGCGGUUUAAACAUCGUAUUGACUAGUGCACCAAAGUUAAUAUCAAGACAAGCACAUGCAAAGAUAAACCCCUCUCAUUCAGAGUGCAGGGCGACCCUGCCGAGCUGCCAACAAACAACAGGAUGUGACCUAUGUAGCCUAUGUAAAGUUCAAACACCGUGGAGCAUUACACAACACGAUGUACGCAUCCCACAUGCUGCGCCUCAGAGGAGCC